AUGUUUCUAGAGGAGCUUCGGGUUCGGAGCAUAAAUAAAAACCCAAAACUACGUAUAUAUAUGGAGUUACUGCGAGUUCGAGGACUGGUGUUUUAUUUUGGUGUGGAAUUUUGUAGAUUGACAAUACUGCGUUGCUUUAGUGAAUAUGGUAUGCUGUAUGACAUUCUUUUGGAUGUUCCCCGUGGUGAAGCUCUCGUGUCAUAUACUGAAUCUGCAUCUGCUCAGGAUGCAUAUUUAAAAAUGAACGGGUUUUUGCUUUUUGGUGAGGCGAUAGAGGUAAGUAUCACUACAGCUCCAGCUUCGGAUAUACCCGGGUGCCGAGUGACGUAUAGACGUUCACAAUCUCUGAUCCUGCGGGGUGCCUCAUCUCUUUGGGUGGAGUUAAAUUUGAAACACGUAAAGGGAGUAAAUCAAAUUGUAUUUGUUGAUCCAAAUACCACAAUUGUUUUCUUUGCAAACCAAAGAAUUUCAACAAUGAUCAAGAAGCUUUUUGAUGGACGCAUUGAUUAUAAAGGGAAUCCCGUUUCUAUCUUAUAUUUGAAACAGGCUUAG